AUGGCCCCGCCGUGCGCCGGGGCGCUGCGCUGCGCGCUGCUCUGCGCGCUGCUGUGCGCGCAGGGACCCGCUCCCACCCGCGCAGGUACAGCCGGGGAGCAGUGCGGCGAGCUGAGGUCCUGUGAGACAUGCACGGCCGGCACGGCCUCGCACAACGCCAGCGGCUGCGUCUGGGUGGGCUGCGGGACCCCCGAGGAGCCAGAGACGGGGAGCUGCACGCAGAGAGGGGUGGCAGCGCGGGAGACCUGUGUGCUCUACAACACCAGCACCCUGUGUCGAGCACUGAAGUCCCCCACCGAAGAGCCUCCGUGGUCCCAUAGCGAGGAGCCGGCGACGCACUCCCCAAGGACCACCACCACCAGCGCCCCAUUGACGGGCAGCCCUGAAUUUCACCCGCCCGGCUUUGACACGGCCAGCUUCAUCGGCGGCAUCGUGCUGGUGCUGAGCGUCCAAGCCGUGGUCUUCUUCAUCAUCAAGUUCAUCAAGUCAAAGGACAGCACCUACCAAACGCUGUAA